AUGGCUUCUAACGACCACAAGGUUAAGAUUGAAUUCUUGGAGAACGUUGAGGUUGCAGAGAUUAGAACUGGUGAGGGGGAAGUCCAGCGACUGCCUCUGCCUAGUAGCGAUCCCAAUGAUCCGCUGAACUUCACAAAGUGGGAGAAAUUCGGUGUCAUUCUCAGUUGCUGCUGGUUCUCCAUCAUGUCAUUGUCCGUAGUUGGGGGGUUGGGUGCCAUCCUCGGAGUCUUCUUCGAACUGUAUGUUCCUCAAGGUCACAGCUCGACGCAAGUAGUCUGGCUGGCGACUUUUCCGUCACUCUUCGUUGGUGUGGGCAAUUAUCUGAUCCUCCCGUUGGGCCUGGUAUAUGGUCGCCGGCCAGCCACGAUUAUCUCAAUUGUGGUACUUCUAGGCUCCACGAUCGGUUGCGCUCUGUCGCAGACCUUUGAACAGCAUCUUGGACUUCGCAUUCUUCAAGGACUUGCCACGGGUGCCACAGAAUCGCUGCUCCCCCUCAUGCUCUCCGAGGUCACAUUUGUGCACCAGCGUGGUACAAUCUUUGGUGUAUACUGGGCAACGCAAAAUGUAGUGACAAGUUGCUUGAAUCUGGCCAGCUCGUAUGAGGCCGCUGCUCUGGGGUGGCGCUGGUUUUAUUGGGUAUAUGUCAUUGCUAUUGGGGUUGGGCUUGUCAUUGUUGCAUUAGGUUGCUUUGAGACAAGAUACCAGCGACGUGCACAGAUCCUCAAUGGGCAGCUGGUCAUCACUGAUGAGUUUGGCGUCACCCAGAUACUCACCGGGGCCCAGGCUGAUGCAUAUCUGCAAAUGCAAGAGACAGAGAACGAUAUGACUAUUCCUGAUGCAGCACUUCCAAAGAGAACCUAUGCGCAGAUGAUUAGCCCCGUUGGAUCUUCCACCAAGAAUCCUGUUCGAACUGUGCUGAUGGCUUGGUUCCACAUGCUCGAGGCUUUCUCUUCCCCGGGUAUUCUAUAUGCGACUCUUCUGGCCUCAGUAGUGCUCGGCUCGUCCAUCGGCAUCUCGUUGACUUACGACGCCGUGCUUCAAAGCUAUGGUUGGCCAGCUAAGAGUGUCGGUCUGAUCAACCUGGGUGGUGUAUUUGGUGGCUUUGGAGGAAUGCUAUAUGCUGGAGUAUUUGGGGACUGGUUUAUUCUGCAGAUGGCCAAACGCUCAGGGGGUGUUCAUAUCCCGGAGCAUCGGUUGACUUUGCUGAUAUUCCCCGGUAUUCUCGCUGUUGUGUCCCUACUCCUCUACGGAUUCACUGCCGAAAACAACGCGACUUGGGGAGGGCCAUUCAUGGGAUGGACCCUUUUCCAGGUCAGCUUUGUCUCUGUGUUGAUCUUGUCGACUUCAUUCGCGGCAGAGGCCUGGGAGAAGAACCCGGGGCCGGCACUGGUGGCUGUGGUUGGAACCAAAAACAUCAUUGCUUUUGGUGUCAGCUAUGGUUUGACUCCCAUGGUAGCUUUGUAUAGCUAUCCGACUGCGAUGGGGAUCUUAGCUGCAGUGACCGGGGCCAUAUUCCUGCUUGGCAUUCCCGUUUAUUUCUUCAACCCAGCUUGGCGCCGUUACAAGCAACGACAAGAGGCGAAAUAG